AUGACUAGCAGUACACACAUCGACAAUUAUAUUAUGAUAAAUCGUAAAAUACUUAAACUUGUCGGACUUUAUCCAGUUGAGGUGCCUAGAUAUAUUUUUUGUAUUAGUUGUUUAUUGUUAAUUAUCAUACCGGAAGUCUUUAGAGUUUUUUCAAAUCAACAAGACUUGGAUGUCAUUCUCGAAACCAGUUCGGUACUGUCAACAAUUCUUCUCGCUGUACUCAAAUCGAUCAUUUGGAUGACGUUCCGCCGUCAAGAUACUACGAUAUUAAUUAAUUUUCUCUUCAAAGAUUAUUGGAACAUCGUUGUCACUUCUUGUAGUUCAAAUGAUUUUCAAUACGUAGAUAAAAAUGCCAAGAUGGCUAAACGCGUUACUCUUGGUUACAUUAUCUUAAUUGUAAAUGCAUUGUUGGUGUUUUAUUUUUUACCAUUACGCCACCGCAUUCUAAAAGCGAUUUCAAAAAAUGAUGAACAACUAUCAACUUUAAACACAAGCUUAAAUUUUCCAUUCAUUGCAGCGUAUCCACAAUUUUGUUACGAAUCACCUUUUUUUGAAAUUGUUUAUCUUUCUCAAAUGGUGGCGACUUCCAUGUGUGGAAUAGUUAUUCUCGCGAUGGAUACCUUGAUAGCUACAGCAAUUUUUCAUUCUUGCGGUCAUUUCAGUGUCCUGUGCGCUAAAAUGAAGCAUAUAAAUUUUGAGAAUAAUCACUCAACUAAUCACUUGAUGGAAGUUAUUAAACAUCAUCAAUUAGCAAUUAGAUUCUCUAAUCACUUGGAGUAUGCUUUUAAUCCUUUAAUGCUUUUUCAAGUUAUUGCUAGUAGUGUUAUUAUUUGUCUCGUUGGAUUUCAAGUAAAUACCGUAAGUAUUUUAUUUAAUACAUUAAAAUAUGAUCAUAAAGAUAAACUUGUUCAAUAUAUAGCCUACUUGAUGAUGGCUUUGUUUCAAUUACUUAUCUUUUGUUGGCCUGGUGAUAAAUUAAUUAAUGAUAGUUUAAAGACGAAUGAAGCGGUAUACUCGAGUAACUGGUACAACUAUCCCUUUCCUGAAGCAAUAAAAACAGAGUUAAUCCUAAUAAUGUUAAGAUCUCAAAGACCAAGUUAUUUAUCGGCAGGAAAAUUUCAAUUUAUGAGUCUAGAAAAUUUCAGCACGAUAUUGAGCACAUCGUUGUCAUACUUCAUGCUCCUACGGAGUUUAGAUCUAUAG